AUGGGGCGCGUGAAGCUGCAGAUCAAGAGGAUCGAGAACACCACCAACCGGCAGGUCACCUUCUCCAAGCGCCGCAACGGCCUCAUCAAGAAGGCCUACGAGCUCUCCGUCCUCUGCGACAUCGACAUCGCGCUCAUCAUGUUCUCGCCGUCCAACCGCCUCAGCCACUUCUCCGGCCGCCGCAGGAUCGAGGACGUGAUCACCAAGUACAUCAACCUCCCGGAGCACGACAGAGGAGGAGUAGUUCGGAACAGAGAGUACCUGAUCAAGAUGCUCACGCAACUCAAGUGCGAGAGUGACAUAGCCGAGCAACUCACACCCAACAGCAAAGGACCUGUGAACUCCAACAUAGAGGAGCUCCAGCACGAGAUCAGGAAAUACCAGCACCAGGUGCAGGCCCUGGAGGAGCGCCUCAGGAUGUUCGAGCCGGACCUGGUGGCGCUGGCGUCCAUGAACGAGGUCGAGGCGACCGAGAAGUUCCUCAUGGAGACCCUCGCCCGCGUCGAGGAGCGCAAGAAGUUUUUGCUGUGCAACCACAUGGGCCCGUUCGACCCCUCGCCCUCCGAGAUGCAGCACGUCUUCGGCCUGCCGGCGGCGCCGGUGGCGGCGCCGCCGCAGCACGAGCAGCCGGGGGACAUGGGCGUCAACGCGUUCGGGGUCGGCGGCGACGUCGUCUCGUGGUUCGCCGACGCGAUUCCGGGGGCGGGGCCGUCCAUCUUCGCCGGUGGGCCGGACCCGAUCUUGGCCUUCAGAGAGCAGGCGAUCUUCGACAUGCAGCGGGACGCGGGGGUGGACCCGGGGAUGGCGGCGAUGUGCCACGUGGACCAGCACGGCGGCGGGGGCCCCAGCGACGACUGGCAGCAGGCGUACACGGCGGCGGAGUUCCUCUCGGCGCUCAUCCCGCCCACGCCCUGCUUCCCGCUGGACGACCAGGUGGAGGCGGCGCGGGACGACGAGCUCGACAAGACCUCCACGACGGCGCUGCAGCAGCCGAGGUUCAGCGUGCACGACCUGGAGCUGGAGGCCGUGAUGCAGGACUCGAUGGGCGGACCCGUGCUCGCGCCGCCGAUGGUACCGCCGCCGCACGCGCACGAGCAGGUGGAGGCGUCGCCGGGGAGCUGCUCUAACGUCCCGUCGCCGGGCGGGGACACCGCCGCGGCGGCCCACCAGGAGCAGCAGCAGCACGGCCUGCCCGGCGGCGCGGUCAACAUCGGCUAGCUGAUGGACGCGCUCGAUCAGGCCGUGUGUUUUAAUUUCAUCCGGAAAUAAGAAUAAAUUGAACUAGACUUGAUCGUUGAGCAACUUACACAUAAUAACUUUUC